CAGAGUCGAAAUCAAGACACAGAAGAAGUAAGUGGCACACGCACCGUACCGCACCCGCGCUAUUCACGACUGAACUCACUAUAUAUGCACAGACACAAAUACUCUCUUUCUCUCCCUCACCGCACCAACACCUAGAGAGCAUUUGUCACGCUGGCCGGCAGCUGAUCUCUGCCUACAUACCCCCCCUGCGCCCCCUUGCUCUUGACAGACUCGCCAGCCACCACACACGCCUUCUCACACGCAUCCUGAACACACACCAAAUGAUACAGCCAUGCAUACAUACCAUAUCGAUGUGCUGCCCGUCCUCGCCUACUCACCACAAGCUUCGCCCCCCUGGCAAUCAGCACGGCCAGGGCACCGACGAACGAGUCCCCGGCGCCCGUGGUGUCGACGAUCUGCUCCGGCGGGAUCUUGGGGGUGGCCACGUGUGUGGUGAGGAUGGGCCCGGUGCCGUUGAACCGCUCCGCGGCCAUGCAUCCAUCUUUGCCGAGUGUGAUGACGACCUGCAUAGUCGGGCAGGGACCCUCGGCAUCGAGAAGGGCCUCACACGCCUCCUUCGCUUCCUAGAUACACACACAUCAAUUAGGAACACAGCAAAGCAUACAUAGUGGUCGUAUUCGCAUCUGUGGCCACCGUGUGUGUUUGUUACUGACUGCUAGGAUGCUGCAUGGAAGUCGACUGAGCGUGGCUGCCUCCUCUUGAUUGACACACAGGAGGGUGGUGUUGGCAAAGAAGCCCUCGAGGAGCUUCUCUGGCGCCGGUGCAGCGUUAAGGAUGGUGGUCACCGACGGAUUGGACGCGCGAGCGAUCUUGAAGGCCUGUGGCCGCAACAACACACAAGGCAGAUAGAGCGAUCAGUGACAUGCGGCCCGCCCUGCAUGCCUUGUGUGCUCUCCCUUGUCACCUCCAGAGUAAUCUCCGGCGGAAUCUCCAACUGUCCCACAACUACUUUGGCCUGAAGGUAGGCAGCGAGAGUGACACAACACAGAGUGAACGGGUUCAUGUCUGUUGCUACAGUACCUGUGCGAGCAGUUGUUUGAUGGGUGGUGUGUGUAGGUCCUCAAUGGACAGCAGUGCUGCCGCGCCAGGCACCACGACUAUCGCAUUCGCCCCAUCGUCCGUCACACAUAUGGGCGCCACAGCUGACACACACACAGGGAGGGAGAAACAGAUCCCCAUGCAUUCAUUUCCUUUGUUCGCCAGCAUGCCCAUCACGGGCAUCACCUGUAUGGCUCUCUGUCGUGGUCAGCACGCCCGACCUGUCCAUCCCGAUCCUCUCCCAGCUCUCCCUGAUCUCCUUGCCGUUCGCGUCGUCCCCAAGCUUGGCGAUGACGCCCACUGCUGACGCAUCCUUGACCAGCUUAGCCGCUUGCACAGCUUGGUUGGCCCCCUUUCCGCCGUGGCAUGUCAUGAAUGAGUGCCCGAGCAGGGUCUCGCCCAGAUGCGGCAGCCGCGGCACAAAUGACACCAGAUCCAUAUUGGCACCACCAACCACGACGACGUCCAUGGAUGUUGUUGAGAAACCAAUCAGGCUAUAGCCGAGGUUAUCCAUCUGCGGGCCGACACAUCGUUUCCUCAAAAGAUGUGACUG